AUGAAGUAUUCGUGGAACGUAGCCCUGGAGGCGAUGCGGCUCAUACCACCUCUUCAGGGAACAUUCAGAGAGGCUGCAACAGAUAUCACUUACCAAGGUUAUACAAUUCCUAAGGGAUGGAAGGUCUACUGGACAGUGAGCACCACAGCAAUGAACCCUGAAUAUUUUCCAGCGCCAGAAGAGUUUGAUCCUACAAGGUUCGAGAAAUCAAGUCCUCCGCCUUACACAAACAUCCCAUUCGGGAGUGGUCCUCGAAUUUGCCCCGGAAAGGACUACUCUCGCCUGCAAAUUCUUAGUUUUAUGCACCAUCUUGUUAUAAGAUUCAAAUGGGAACUUGUAAACCCUGAUUGCAAGAUCACAGGUGGUAUGAAUCCCUUUCCAGUUGAUGGCCUGAUGAUCCGCCUCCAAGCUCAACCCGUUUCAGCUUAA